UGCCUGGCAUCGGGCCAGCGUCACCCCUCGGCACGGGCAGCCCCGAGACCCCGCGGCCCUGGGCGCGCAUUUCUGGGCACACCUGAGCUCGCACCUGCCCAGCGCCCCAAGGUUCCGCCUGCCUGGAAAAGCCCCAGCCGGGGCUGCAGCGUGGCGGGAACCCCCCAGCCAAUCCGAGCGCAGCAGGAGCGCGCCGCAGCCAAUGAGAGCGCGGGGCGUUGCGGAGUCAUCAGUCGCCGGGCAGAGGCUCCGGGCGGGCGCUCCCGGCGCAGCGCGGCUGCUUUGGGGCUGCGGCCCCUGCCCGGCGCUGCCGCGGGGCGAGGGGCGGCAGCUGCGGCCGCACUGCUGGCACUGCUGCUGCUGGCAGCCCCGGCUGCGGGCGCCGAGCUCUCGGGGCUGUUGCAGUGGAUUGCAAAGGCUGAGUGUCACUUCAUUAUCGGCACCGAGAGGGUGAAGUACGCGGAGAGGCGCAGCUACAACCGGGAGCAGCUCCUGCACUUCGACUGCGACUUUGUGGGGCACUUUGUGGGGUUCACCCCCUUUGGGGAGAAGGUGGCCGGGUACAGGAACAACCUCCCGGAUUUCCUGCGGCUCAAAAGGACCGCGGUGCUCUGGUACUGCCGGAGCAACUCCGAGGCGGCCGCCGUGUUCCUCACGGAGCGCCGAGUGCCCAUCCCACCGUGUCCAUCUCGCUGGUGCCCUCGAGCUCCCAGCCCAGCCCCGGCCGCCUGCUCUGCUCCGUGAUGGAUUUCUACCCUGCCCACAUCCAGCUGAGGUGGUUCCAGGGCCAGCAGGAGCUCUCUGUGAUGGCCACCCAUGUGGUUCCCAGUGGGGACUGGAGCCACCAGCUGCUGGUGCUGCUGGAAACUGCCCCCAGUGUGGGGUCACCUGCAGCUGCCAGGUGGAGCACGUCAGCCUGGAGCACCCCUGAGCCAGCACUGGGGCACGGGGGAAGCACUGGGGGUGCUGGGAGAGGCACUGGGAUGUGCUGGGAGCAACUGGGAGAGAGUUGGAGAGAGCCUGGUUGAAACUGGGAGAGAGGCUCGUGGGUCUGGAAGGGCUGAGAAGGAGUUUGGAGGAUGCUGGGGAGGGUGGGAUGGAGUUGGGACGGUCCUGGUGGGCACUGGGAGAGUUUGGGGUGCUGGGUGUGGCUGGGAGUGUGUUUGGGGUGCUGGGUGUGACUGGGAGGGAUAUGAGUGAGCCUGGAGGGGCUGGAAGGAGAUUGGGGAUGGCAGAGGUUGGGUUGAGGUUGGUUGUGCUGGGAAGAGAUUGGGAGGGGUCUUGGUGAAUCCAUGUGGGGCUGGGAAGGAACUGGGAGAGGGUUUGGGGGUUCUAGGAUGGUGGGGGGCAACAGGGAGGUGGUUGUGUCAUGCUGAGAGGGACAGGAGGGGCUUUGGUGGGUCCUGGGGAGGCUGGGAAGGGAUUGGGGGGACGUUUCAGGGGGUCCUGAGUAAGCUGGGGGCGAUGGGUAGGGAGCUUGAAGGGGCUUGUGAUGUCUGUGAGAAGGUUUGGAGGUCCUGACCCCUCUGGAAUCCCCAGAGAUGCUGCCAGACACUGCCCGCAGGAAGAUGCUGACUGGGAUCAGGGUUCUGUGUUGGGAUUCGUCUUCCUGGCGCUGGGGCUCGGCUUCUCCCUGCGCAAGAAAGUGAGGGAGGGGUCCCGGGGGUCGUGUCCCCCCUCUCCUGGAGCGUGUGUGCUCCCCCCGGGGCCCCCAGCCCGGUGUCACCCCCUUUUCUCUGCCCACAGAGCUCCUGAGCCGCCGCCGGCCGCAGCCCCUCCCCGUGGCCUCGGGCCCGGCCAGGACCCCCCACUCUGUCCCUGCACUGAUUUUGGGGGGCUCGUGUGUCCCCCCAGCCCCGCUGUCACUCUGCCCUGCCCAGCUGCUCCCAGUGUUCCCAGUAAAGCUUCCCAGUUAAACCCAGUCCAGUUUAUGGGGGGCACUGGGGAGGGACUUGGGGGGACCCCGCGGGGGGGCUGUGACUGGGCAGGGAGGGGGGGCCAGGUGGGGAACACUGGGUGCUGCGGGUCUGCCCGGCAA